CCGCUUUUGGAGGCGCCACUAAAACUUCAAAUUCCCCUCUUCUGUAUGGUUUUUCUUUUCUCUUUUUCUCUUCCUUUUUCUUUUUCCAGCCCGCUUAUUCUCUUCAUAUCUUCUCUUCCGGUCUUCUUGUUGUCGUCGUCGUUUUAGGCACUUAAUUCUCUUCAUCCCGUCAAAAUGCUUAUCUACACGGACCUCAUCUCCGGAGACGAACUCCUCGCCGACACCUUCAAGAUCCAGGAGUCUGGCCCCGUCCUCUGGGAGUGCGACUGCAAGAAGUACCUCAAGAGCAAGAACGAGGACUUCCAGCUCGAGGGCGCCAACCCCUCUGCUGAGGAGGCCAACGACGAUGGUGGUGAGGGUGAGGCCGUCAUGGUCCACGACAUUGAGGACCAGUUCCAGCUCGUCUGGCUCAAGGCCGAGGAGGGCAUGAAGCCUUCCAAGGACGCCUUCAAGCAGCACCUCAAGAUCUACAUGAAGAAGGUCCUCACCAAGCUCACCGAGAAGGGUGCCCCUAAGGAGAAGAUCGAUGAGUUCAAGGCUGGUGCUCCCGCCGCUGUUAAGAAGAUCCUCGGUAACUACGACAACUACGACAUUCUCAUGGGCAAGGCCAUGGACGGUGAUGCUAUGCACGUCCUGAUCGAUUUCCGCGAGGACGGUGUCACCCCUUACGCCACCCUCUGGAAGCACGGUCUCGAGGAGGUCAAGGUCUAAACUUGGUCAAUCAAGUUUAACCUUGAUGAGGAAAAUGCGAAACGACCUAAUAAAAGUGAGAUGGGACAAGGGACCAAGAUACGGAUAUAUGGACCUUGCUGUAGUCCUGUCUGAGUCUUCCUACCGCUCGCCCUCCUGGAUAUUUUGUUUAUUUAGCUAUAUCGCAUCUUUUCGUAUCCUGCCAGUCACGCC